GGGGAAGGGGUCGGAUGCUGGUCCCGGGGGACCGCUGAGGCGGCGGGUCCUCGACCUCGGAGACAGGUCCGGACACCCCCGCCGCGCCCAGUCCCCUCCGGACCGCGACGCCGCGGGCGCCGGGGAAGGCGCGUCUCCGGCACGAUGAAGGAUUUGGGGGCGGAUCGUGAAGAGGUCCAGCUCUUCGGAUUGUUGAACCUCUACCUAGAACAAGAACAGAGAUUCCAACCUCGAGAAAAAGGGUUGAGCUUGAUCGAGGCUACCUCGGAGAAUGAUAACACUUUGUGUACAAGACUGAGAAAUACCAAAGUAGAAGACUUAAGGAGUUUAACUAACUUUUUUGGAUCUUGCACUGAAACUUUUGUCCUGGCGGUCAAUAUUUUGGACAGAUUCUUGGCUCUUAUGAAGGUGAAACCUAAACAUUUGUCUUGCAUUGGAGUCUGUUGUUUUUUGCUGGCUGCUAGAAUAGUUGAAGAAGAAUGCAAUGUUCCAUCCACUCAUGAUGUAAUCCGGAUUAGUCAAUGUAAAUGUACUGCUUCUGACAUAAAACGGAUGGAAAAAAUAAUUUCAGAAAAAUUGCACUAUGAAUUGGAAGCUACUACUGCCUUAAACUUUUUGCACUUAUACCAUACUAUUGUACUUUGUCAUACUUCAGAAAGGAAAGAAAUACUGAGCCUUGAUAAACUAGAAGCUCAGCUGAAAGCUUGCAACUGCCGACUUACUUUUUCAAAAGCAAAACCAUCUGUAUUAGCCUUGUGCCUUCUCAAUUUGGAAGUAGAAACUUUGCAAUCUAUUGAAUUAUUGGAAAUUCUCCUGCUUGUGAAAAAACAUUCCAAGGUUAAUGACACUGAGUUCAUUUACUGGAGGGAGUUAGUUUCUAAAUGCCUAGCCGAAUAUUCUUCUCCUGAAUGUUGCAAACCAGAUCUUAAGAAAUUGGUUUGGAUUGUUUCAAGGCGCACAGCCCAGAACCUCCACAACAGCUAUUAUAGUGUCCCAGAGCUGCCAACGAUACCAGAGGGGGGUUGUUUUGAUGAAAGUGAAAGUGAGGACUCUUGUGAAGAUAUGAGUUGUGGAGAAGAGAGUCUUAGCAGCUCUCCUCCCAGUGAUCAAGAGAGCACUUUCUUUUUCAACUUUAAAGUGGCACAGAAAUUGUGCUUUCCGUCUUAGAAAUCUGAUUGUUUUGUGUCAGAAUUUAAAGUGUGUGUACAGGUGUCAAAGCAAUAAAUGGGGGAGUAGGUAGUUUUCUGGUCCAACCCCCAUCUAGGCAGGAAAUGCAUAGACUGGAAUACCUACCUUCUAUUUAUUAUUCAGAUCAGAUCUGGCUUAUUUUCAUAUUUAAUCCUAAGCCAUCAAAUGGGUUAGUGCCUAUGAAACAAUUAACAGUACUUUAGACAUUGGCACUUUAUUUUUCUCGUUGAUCUUUAGCUACUUGGGGGAGGAGGGAAGGUGCUGAUACCUUCAAUUUAUUACUUUUCAAGAAAUUUUAAAGGUGAAUAGUGUAGCUAGUCUUAAACUUUUUAUAAAGCCUUCAGGUGUCUUUAUUUAAACAGAUUGGGAGUGUGCAAGUGCUUCCUUAGCAGGGACAAUGGAUAAUCCUUCAAUGGUUUAUCUCAGAUUUCCCCCUCCCCCCCAUUCUCAGAACAGAGAAUAUACUCUUAAAUGUCAAACACCUUUUUUGUUUUUGUUUUUCAAAUGAUCACUUACUAUAUGAUGCAGACCAUAAACUUAGGCAUAAUACUGCCAUUUCUGUGAAUGUUAGUAUGUAAUGUGUUAGUUGAGGUUUCUGCCAAAGCAGAAAUAAUCAACAGGCUACGGUUGUUAGAUAGUUGCAUUCCUAAUGCCUAAGUAUUGUCAGACUAUAGUAUUAUUUCAAUGUUAUAAAACAAUCCAUGAUCUGCUAGUUUUGCAUGCAUCUGUAUGAAAGCAGUGCAGGAAGUUGAACAGAACUGGGUAACGGUGGCAUUGAUAAAUGUUGAUCUAGUAGCACAUUUGAUCUCAUUUUCUUACUUUAAAAAAUGUCUGCAUGAUUACGUUUUAUUUCCUUUGUAGUUCACAUUUCAAAAAUAGUGGUAUUAGUAUAUGGGUGCCAAGAUUGAAUAUGAAGUUAAAAAAAAUUAAGUGUGUGUAGUAUUGUAGUUUUAAGCUUAUCUAUGUGGUGGUACAGCCAUAAGAAUAGGGAUUUAUAAACUCUGUACACAUGAAGUUUGGUACAGGGAAUUUUUUUAACUUUAUAAACUGUAUAUAAAAAUGUAAAUCUUAAAAAAUGUACAUAAAAAUACUGUAUUUUUUUACCUUGUGUGAUAGUCUAGUCAUUGCAUGUAAAUAUAAUUUAUUGUGUAUUCUGUAUUAUAAACCCUACAUUGAUGACUUACUUUUUUAAUGGUAAGUCAACAUCCAUUGUAUGUUUUCUGAAGUGGAUCUUUUUGAAGUAAUAAUAGAUUACAAUUCAAAAUAAAAAUAUUAAU